CAUCACCAGGUGUACCCCAUCACGCCGGCAGGACAGACAUCUCCUGCUUUCCAGACAUAAUGCCACCGAGGUUACCACAACAGGCCGCGCGCGCCCUCCGCAGGCUGGCGACGCCUUCAAUCCCCAUCACACGAUCCUUCACCAGCACGACCGCCUUCCUCGCCGCCCCAGCCGCCGCAAGCCUCCGCCUGCCCGCCGACUACGUCCCCGCAACGAAGCCUCAGUCCGCCCGUCCCCCCGAAACCCGCAAGUCCCAGCUCAUCAGGACCUACACCUCCCUCCUCCGCACAACGCCCCUGAUCCUCUUCUUCCAGCACAGCAACCUGACGGCAGACGAGUGGUCCGCCAUCCGCCGCGAACUCAACAGCGCCCUCGUCGCCGCCACGCCCGCGGGUACCAAUAGCCCUCUCGAUGGCCGCGAAGUCCACCUCCAGGUCCUGCGCACGCGCAUGUUCAACGUCGCGCUGAAGCUGGCCGAGUUCUACGACCCCGAGGUCGCCAAGGCCAAGGCCACCACGCGGACGGGGCCCCGCGGCCCGCUGGUGCACGAUCUGAGUAUGGCGGCCUACGAGGCGAUGAAAGAUUUCGAGGUCCCCGAGGACUCUGCCUACGCGCAGAUCUCACCCUUGCUCUGCGGUCCCACGGCGGCGCUGGUCUUCCCCGCCGUCUCGCCCGCGCACCUCGCGGCCGCGUUGAAGAUCCUGGCGCCGAGCCCCGGCAAGUUUGCGGCGCCGACGAGGAAGAAGAACCCGGGAUACUACGAGCCGCUGUGUCAGAGCGCGCUGCAGAAGCUGCUGCUCGUCGGUGGAAGGGUCGAGGGUGACGUGUUUGAUGUCGAUGGCGUCAAGUGGGUCGGCGGUAUCGAGGGUGGUCUCGACGGACUGCGGGCGCAGCUUGUGUACAUGCUCCAGAGCGCUGGAUUGGGUCUUACUACUGCUCUUGAGGGCGGAAGCAAGAGCCUUUGGUUGGCGUUGGAGGGACGGAGGACGCAGUUGGAGGACGAGGGAAAGCCUAAGGUGAGCGAGGGCGCGGAGGAGACGAAGAGCGAGUAGAGGGGGUUGCUUGUGAGGGUGGUGUAUGAUAGUGCUGUAAAAGUCUGUAUUAUCACGGGAUACGGAUCUCUACUAUAGAGCUAAACUAUUUGUUCAUGGCAUUAAAAGUUGG